AGAGGCAGUAGCGACGUGUCCCUGUUAUGGCAGCCACAUACAGCCGGACGGAGAUGCUUUAAAGCCUGGUGACAUGCUUUGACUGAUGCCUUUCAAGAGACCUGCCACUGGUCUUGCUUUCUGUUUGUUCUACUUGAGUUCUUAUUUCACCAACAAGUAUGUCCUAUCUGUCCUGAAAUUCACCUAUCCAACACUUUUUCAAGGGUGGCAGACACUUGUUGGUGGAAUUCUCUUACAUGUUUCCUGGAAAAUCGGCUGGGUUGAGAUUAGCAGCAGUUCAAGGUCUGAAGUAUUAUCAUGGCUUCCAGCUUCUGCACUUUUUGUGGGUAUUAUUUAUUCAGGUUCCAGGGCAUUAUCUAGAUUGCCAAUUCCUAUCUUUCUUACCUUACACAAUGCUGCAGAUGUUAUAUUUUAUGGAGUGGAAGUCUCAGUGCAGAAAGAGCAGAACUCCACCCUAAAACUCUGCAGAGGGCUGAUUCUUCUGUUGGCCGCAGGAGGGCUGCCUUUCAAUGACCCACAGUUUGAUAUAGAUGGCUAUUUUUGGGCCCUCGUACACCUACUAUGUGUUGGGGCUUACAAAGUAUUUCACAAGUUGUGGAAACCAAAUUCUCUAAGUAUCUCUGAACAACAAUACAUAAACUAUGCAUUCAGUGUGGUGAUGUUGGCUUUUGCAUCCCACCCAACAGGUGAUCUCUUCAGUGCCUUGGAAUUUCCACUCCUGUACUUUUACAUCUUUCACAGCAGUUGCCUUGCCAGUGGAUUUCUGGGAUUUCUUCUGACUUUACAUACUAUGAAACUUAAAAACAGCAUCUCCUCAGGACAAUAUUUAGCUUGGAAUUUCUUAGCGAAGACAUGAUCUGAAGGCAUUAUGAUUUUGCUGAAGCUAAGCUGGUUUGGAAGACCUGUUAGGAACCUUCGUUUUAUGCCAUGAACUCUACGAUGAAAGACAAACGGAAUCGAAAUAUAAUAAAUAUUAACAGUAAAAUAGCAAUCCUGUCCUUUCCAACACCAAGCAAUGGGAGCUAUUGUUCUUCCUUUCUGGUUAUAUGUCAGAUUAUUGUAUAAAAUGCUGAAAAGUAUUUCUUUUCUUACCCAUAAUCAUAACAUUAUUACAUUAUUUGUAAUGUGUCUUCCUCUUUACCAUUUCAAAUGUUAUUUCUGCUUCCUAAUAAAACAGUAUGAGCGAGUUACCGAAUCUGUAAAAUCUUAAUCAUUAAAAAUUAUUCUCUGUAUAAUACUUUCCUGUGCCCAACUUGACAAACCAAGGUUUUUAUUUAGUCUUUCUCUUAAGCUAUUUAUAGUCUUCAGUAUAAGCUGAAUAAUGAUUCA